AUGAAUCAAUCUCAGGUAAACCCAAGUAAAGGGAAGAGAACUCGGAUCAAUGUGAAGCAAUCCAAAUUUGGCUGUUUCACCUGCAAGAAACGGCGUGUUAAGUGCGAUGAAUCAAAGCCAUCCUGUCUACGUUGCUUGUCAUAUAACCUCUCCUGCCUUGGAUAUCCGCGUGGAGCACCCCCUGGACCCUGGAUCGACACGUCUUCAUCAGCCGUUAUCCGCUCCGAGAACCGCUUUACGCAUCAUCCGAAUCAUCCUUGGAAUCGAUACUCUCACCUUGCCUGCACCAUAUUUCGCCAAGGGCCCCGUCGAGCCAAGAGUGAGCUCGAAGCGGAAUUAUGGAGUCGCACCAUACCUCAGCUGAUACAUUCGGUUCCAUUCGUGCGAGCUGCCGCUGCUGCAUUUGGUGCCUCAUACGAGCAGCAUACACUUAGACCCAGUCGCUCAAACUUGGGGCUGGAAUCUGUUCAGUUGUACUGUCAAGCCUUGCGACUGAUACAGGUUGAAGUUUCCAACCUUCGAUAUGGGUUUUUGCCCUCUACUGUUGCCUGUCUCCUCAUGGCUUUUACCGAGGCUUUACAACAGCGUAGUGAUAAAGCCUACUUGCAUCUCCGAGGGGCUGCUGCGUUGAUGGUUGGCCAAGGGAAUGGAAGCCCAGCAGCCGUCUCCCAAGACGAGGGAAUAUCGACGCUAUUUGAGAAGCUCGAUCUUCAUACUGCAACAUACGUCCUCACUCGUUCCCCAGACCUACCGUCAUUGUAUCCGGCGAUGCCACACUCGACCAUAAUAGCCCCUGAUCGUGCACUAUGCAGAAUACUACAUGCUUGCUAUCAUUUUAUCUCGGCAGCGCGGCAGUACAAGUAUACGCACUCGUCACUAAUCCCCUCUCACAUACUUAUUGAGCAAGGAAGACAUCUCGGGAACUUGCAACAAUGGCUGUCGUGUGACCAGCUCGAUCCUUCGCGUCUAGCCACUGAUCCACAGAAUGAACAGCUGAUCAUCCUUCGUGCUCAGUCUCUCGCUGGGUUGAUACAUUGCGCCACUGUUAUUCAACCAUACGAAACAUGCUAUGACAGCUAUGAUCGGGAGUUCAAGGAGAUUAUCAAGCUGGCGGAGGCACUUUUUGAUUUGCGACCUGAGGUCAUGAAUUCUCCAGGAUAUUCUGGUGGUCUCCCGCAUUUCGCCCCAGAAAUGGGCAUCAUCCAGCCACUAUUUUUGACGGCCCUGAAGUAUAGGCAUCCUUCCUGGCGCCGCAAAGCUCUAGAAUUGCUUCAGAGAAGCGGAAGGGAAGGUCCAUGGUGUGGCGCAAUCGAGGCCGCGGUGCUCAAGGUCGCCAUAGAGGCCGAAGAGGCAAUACCUUACGACCUACAAGGCAUGAAUGGGCCUCAUCAAAGUGUCGUCCACCAACCAAGCAGCAUUCCUGAAAGCCAGAGGGUCCAUCUAUGUUGGAUAGUUGGAUAUGUGGCUUGCCAUCAGGAUAAUAGGACCGGGAUGGGCGUUGGCCCAGGAACUCAGGCCAAGUUUGCAAAGGUCCAAUUGUGCAAGUGUCUCAACCUGGACGGCAUUCUGAAUGACGAGAACAGAGGCCCUUAUCCAGAGUUUUGGCAGGACCAGGCAAAUUGGUAUACCUGGUUAGAAACAGUCCAAUUGUUCGAAUAA